CUUCUUGUUCUUGACCAACCAAUUACGGAAAGGACGAGAAACCAUAUUGCCUCCACCCUACUUUUCUGCAGUGGCACCCGAGAAAAAAAAUUCCCCCACUUGGAAUUUGGAAAAAAAAAAUCGAGCAGUAACAUUACUCUUUCAUCCUCUUUUAUAUAUUAUUUUCUUUUCACAUAUUUUCUUUGUAUUAUCAUGGUACAUGCUAUGCCUUUGGUACAAGGCGCUGAAUUCAAGAUACUGUUAACCAACAACCAUGUGGUAUUGCACGGAUCGGCGGAUGAAUCCGCUGGCGUCAUGUUACGAGGUUCGGUGGUCCUCGAUUGCCACGAAACCACCAAAGUGCGUUCCGUCAAUCUCAAGUUUACCGGCAAAGUCAGAGUCAAUUGGGCCGAAGGCAUAGGUACGCACCAGCGUCAGUUCAGAGACGAACAUACGAUUCUGGAACACGAAUGGAGUUUUUUACCCCCCACUCGCAAACAUUAUCAAUUAGCCGAAGGCCACUAUCAAUGGGACUUUGAAUUGCCAUUGCCGGGUGAUCUGCCAGAAAGUGUGCAACACAACCUGGGUCAAGUCUUUUAUCGACUGAAAGCCGUGGCGGAACGACCGACGUUUUCCAUCAACUACACAGAUAAAAAAGAAAUCAAGAUCACUCGAAGUUUGUUACCUUCGUCUUUGGAACUGACGCAGUCCAUGGUGAUAUCGAACGAAUGGGCCAAUAAACUCCGUUACGACAUUUCCGUGCCCAGCCGUGUUCUCAAUAUUGGCAGCGUGGUGCCCAUUUCUUUUGAUCUAAAGCCUAUAGCUCCUGAUCUCAAAGUGCGAUCCGUCACCUCGGGCCUAAAAGAGUACAUCACCGUCUCGUCCGGUCAACGCAAGAGAACCGAAGGACGAGUAAUUAAAUUUCUACGCGAUGAUCAAUUUCAGGUCGACAGCCACGGUCAUUGGUCCAAAGUCCAAUUACUGACCAUCCCUGAAGAAGAAUCACAUCAGAUCAAAACCAAUGUUCUCAGUGACUUGAUCAAGAUCAGGCAUAAGUUGAAGUUUACAGUGUCCUUGAUGAAUGCGGAUGGCCACAUUUCAGAACUUCGUGCGGCUGUUCCUAUUAUUAUUGCGGCCAUUACCCCAGAUGACGAUAUCAAUGCUUUACCUGCAUACGAGGAUGCAUGGAAAUCAAUGCCUUACGAUCCCGCGACGAUUGCCGCCAUGGUAGCUUCAGGAAGUUUACCACCUUCAUUAGCAGUUGCUGUACCUAAUGAAGCGGCGUUCCGCGCUCGUACCACGGCGAUGGGUGACACCGAGUCUGGUGUAGAAGAGGAAACGUCGCCGUGGGAGGGAAUUGACCUUUCCAGGGUGCCGUCAUACACAACCGCGACUCGUUCUGGGCGACUGUACAGCUUUUCAGGCUCAUCACUGCCAGCUUACGAUACCAUUGCCGUUCCUGGACGAAAUGGGGAAGCUGCUGUAUGUACAUAAAAUAAUCUAUUUCCAUAUUUAUUUUUCCCUGUCUCCUCCUCUCCUCUCCUCUCUAUCUCUCUCUAUCUCUCUAUUUCUCUGUCUUGUUGAUUCUUUUGUCUUUCCCUCCAUCCUGUUCUUUUUUUUUCCAUACUUUUUUUGUUCCUUUUUUUUGUGUGCCGUUUUUUUUUUUUUUU